AUGGCGCCUAGCUGCUUCAGGUUGGCUUGUCUGAAUUUAGGCUUCGGUGGAGAGUCUGUCCACAGAUUUAGUCAGCCACAGGCUAAGUGGCCUCUAGCGCCCAUUCUCUGGUGUAUCUACCGCAUUGUCUUGGCCGUCUAUGUCACCGUCUGGCUGGUCUUGACUGUGCUCGAGUGGGGGGAGCCACCUUACUACUACUAUGCCGAUAAGAAAGCCAAGUUCCUCAUCUACGCUUCAAAUUGGUCUUAUCUUGUGCUCCUCCUCUACCUAGUCACCAUGGCGAUAGGAAAUGUCUUCUAUCACGUUCGCAAUGCUUGCAAGACUCAAAAUGGAGGAGAUGAGACAGAUCUUGAGCUCGACCCUGAUUCCGACAGAACGAUUCCUCUGUCGUCCGACGACACCCCAUCUCGCCGGAAAUCCCACCAAGCGCUCCCGUGGUACUUCAAGUUAGCCUGGUUCCUGCACACCAUCGCCUGUACCUCAGGACUUCUUGUCUCCUUUAGUUUCUUCAUACCGGGUCAAGUCUUCAACCCAGCCGGUGUUGAGCCGUUCAGCGUUUACAGCUUUCACAUCCACGGCGUGAACUUCAUCAUCAUCAUGCUGGAUGUCAUCCUGGGUGCCGUCCCAGCACGGAUCCUGCACUUGGUCUAUCCUGUAACCUUCGCACUGAUGUACUUCAUCUUCACUCUCAUCUAUUAUGCAGCAGGUGGACUAAACGAACACGGUGUCACAGCCAUUUAUCCAGACUUCCUUGACUGGGGCGGCCUGCCCGUCGGAUCGGCCGUUGUCAUGAUUUUCGCCGUGCUCGUGGCUUCACCCACCGUGCACAUAAUUUGGUACCUGGUUUACAGGAUUCGGGACGGACUUUCUAAACGUUGCAUGGGCUGCUGCUGGACUUAUUAA